GCAACUUUAAACCGUGACAGUGUGUGUUGACAAGAACAGUGUACUGGAUUGCGGUGCCUAACCAUUUGGAUGCAGUGAUCGGAUCACACUAACUGGAUUGCAGUGUUUUUCUUGGAUCUGUUGUACAAAUUUGGCCGGCAAACUGGGGAUGCACAAGAUGGGCCUCGGCGACAGCGUGUACGCCGCCGAGCGUAUCAUGAAGAAGAGAAUUAAAAAGGGCAAGGUGGAAUACUACGUGAAAUGGAAAGGCUGGAAACCGAAGCACAACACCUGGGAGCCGGAGGAGAACAUUUUAGAUCCAAGGCUGAUCCAAAGCUUCGAGAGGGGAGAGGAUUCAAAGAGGCCAGGGAGGGAGAGGAAACGCGAGCGCGAACACUCACCCGAGAGAGCCCGAAGCGGGUCCGACGAGAGGGGACCGCUGCCUGGCAAGCGCAAGGCUCAGGUCCUAUCGCAAGAGUCGGGAAAGAUUGGAGUGACUAUCACUAUGAGCCCACAAAGGAAUCGCGCGCCACCGCCAGUGCAGCCUCCGCCAGCCGCGCCGGCCGGAGGCGCUGCCGCCCCCGCUUCACCCGCUGCCGAAGCGGCCGCCCCCAAAACAGGCCAGCGACGAGUACCCCAUUCACCCGAAGAAGCCGACGCUCACACGCCUCCUGAACGCGAAAGGCGCACACAGACGCAGCCUGAGGCGAAAGCCCCCGCCGAGCCUAAAGGCGCACGACCACCUCCUCCCGCACCUCAAGAAGACGAGGAUUCCUGGAGCGAACCUCCUGUGGUUGCAGCACCGGCCCCCCAGCCGCGCCGCGGCGCGGCCUUUUGGUUGGCGCGAUCUCCUGUAGCAGACCAGAUCUUCAUCACCGACGUCACGGUCAACCUUCAAACCGUCACGAUCCGCGAGUGCCGCACGGAGCGCGGGUUUUUUCGUGCCCGAGAAUCUCGCCCCCUCGACGUCACGUAGACUAUCCUGUAUUAAUUUAUUAGUGAUGGACAAUGUACAGUAGCUAGUUAUUUAGUGAAUACAACCGGAAUCUCGGCUCCCGUAGACCGUACAACCGUCUAAUGUCAAGCUAGGUUUAUCUUGAUGCGUCAAAAUAUGACGCGCUUGUUAGUCACAGGACUCACAGGAAAAGUACGGAGUACGUAGACUGUCCCCAAAGUUUAUUAAGCCUAAUGCUGGACAAAGUGAUUGUCAAUUGUUAACUAUACUUAGAUUAUUUAGUUGUUAUUCAAUUGGUUCGGCUGUGGGCAUUAUAAAGGACGUUAAAUACAAAUGUGAGGACGAUUGUUUGAAAAUGUAUGCAAUAAUAAAUUUAUUUAAUAUAAAUUUGAUAACGAGCCUUUAUAAAUCCCAAUUUAAUAAACCCAAUUAGUAAAAUCAAAUAUCUGUUUGUAUGAUAAAUGUACAAAUGUCAGGACCUGCAACUGAAUGCCAAGUGACUACGUGGUACCUAUAAUUA